AUGAGCUCGACGUCGCAUUUCAUGGAUCGGACGGUUGCUUUGCCUGCACUGAAACGCGGAAAAUGUAACCCGUCGUCGCAUCGCUCCAAUUCAGUCUCUUCUUAUGAACCAUCUCCCAGUCCAGACGCGGAUCUUUCCUCCACCCUGUACUCCCCCCCUACUACACCGCGCACGCGAGCACACUCAUUGGGGCAGCUACAAUGGAGGGACGGAAGCCUACCAGCGCGAACACGCGUACAGGAUCAUCGACCUUACCUCCAAUACUAUGGAAUUCUUGGCACCGAGCGCGGUAUCGAGGCCUACGACGCAGAGUUUGGCCACAGAGCGGUAGCGGUCAGAGAUUGGAGGAGGCGGAAGUGGAGAGAGCGGCAAGGGCAGAGUUAUGUGGGUGCUACAGGCCCGGGUGACCCUAUGCUAUCUAACGAUUCGUUCUCGACGUUUCCAGUUUUGGCGAUGUCGUUUACCCCAUGUAUCUAUAUGACAUCAACUGGAACGGCUCCACCGCGUCUUCCUCCACUGUCGACACCGCGACCAGCGAAGCUACCCUCCCUCUCCCUCUCUCGGUCUAGAUCGCAUUCCCAGCCAAACUCAAGGUUAGAACAGCAUAAGUUGAAGUGUCAGCUGGCUGAGACAGAGUUACAACCCCUCCUGGAGUGUUACGCUCAAACGAUCUUAUUUAGUAAGAUCAAAAUGCUGGGUUGGGUUGUGAAAUGGGAGCUGCAUAUUGAGAGGGUUUAUUUGACUGAUACCGACGAGAGCUAUGGUGCUCAGUUUGACGAGUUGGGAGUUGUGGAAUGCGUGGCGGACGGACCCGAAAUGUCAUAUAUGAUCAAUGUGAAGAUAGGGAGGACUCGUCGCAUUCAGGGUCUGGUAGAAGUCAUCGAGCUCAUGGUGAAGAACGCGGUCAUCGAAAUGUUCAUUACUGCGGCUUUGGUUCUCGCUAGUGAGAAUGCUGGAAGGCCUAUGGCUGAAAUGCGACGGUACUACAAUCUUGGGCGCGUGCGGAUGUGUUUCCUCGCAGGACUGAAAGAAUGUGUGGCGUUGGUGUGGCGUUCACUUGUUAUAACGACUGGACGUCCCUCUCCCGUUCUGACAUCUUCUCGAUAA